GAAGCUCAGCCAGAGAAAUGGUCCAUCAGUAAACACACACAAACAUACCCAACAGAUGCCUAUGGAAACCUUGAAUUCCAGGGAGGAGGACAUUCAAAUAAGGCCAUGUAUAUCCGUGUGUCAUAUGACACUAAACCAGAUUCUCUGCUGCAUCUCAUGGUGAAGGAUUGGCAACUGGAACUGCCCAAACUCUUAAUCUCUGUCCAUGGUGGCCUCCAGAACUUUGAAAUGCAACCUAAGUUAAAGCAAGUAUUUGGAAAAGGUUUGAUAAAGGCUGCCAUGACCACAGGAGCUUGGAUUUUCACUGGAGGUGUUAGUACAGGUGUCAUUCGUCAUGUGGGAGAUGCCUUGAAAGAUCAUUCUUCCAAAUCCAGGGGACGAAUAUGUGCCAUAGGAAUUGCACCGUGGGGCAUUGUAGAAAACAAGGAAGACCUGAUAGGAAAAGAUGUAACACGGGUUUACCAAACCAUGUCAAACCCUCUAAGCAAGCUCUCUGUGCUCAACAGUUCCCAUACCCACUUCAUUCUGGCAGACAACGGUACAAUAGGUAAAUAUGGAGCUGAAGUAAAGUUACGACGUCAGUUGGAAAAACACAUUUCCCUCCAGAAAAUUAACACACGGCUGGGACAAGGUGUUCCUGUAGUUGGGCUCAUAGUGGAAGGGGGUCCCAAUGUGAUCUCCAUUGUCUUAGAGUGUCUGCGAGAAGAACCUCCUCUCCCUGUUGUGAUAUGUGAUGGUAGUGGACGAGCAUCUGAUAUUCUGUCAUUUGCACACAAGUAUUCAGAAGAAGGAGGGUAA